AUGCUGCUGCAUGCAAGGUGUAGAAUGGCAGCUGCAGCACGCUGUGCUGCUGCAGUACAGAUGCAAGCGACUGGUGCAGCAGCAGCGCGAACAACGGCAGCAGCAGCAGAAGCAGCAGCAGCACCAAGUGCCGCUGCAGCAAAGCAUUCAUGGGGGCCUCUGGAAGCCAAUUAUGCAGCAGCAGGUCACUCGGAGGCCGAAGCAAAGAGAGCGGGCAGCUCUCUGUCGCGUUCGCUGCGGCUGCGCAGCAGCAGCAGCAACAGCAGCAGCAACAGCAGCAGCAACAGCAGCAGCAGUCACAGCAGCAGCAACAGCAGCAACAGCAGCAGUGCGCGCAAGCACAGCAGCUUACACGGCGGUACUUCCAGCUCUUGCGCCUCUUACCGCUGCAACUUACUUCUGCACCGCCAAUACUCAUGCAUUAGCAGCAGCAGCAGCAGGGGAAGCAGCAGCGGCAGCAGCAGCAGCAGCAGCAGGGGAAGCAGCAGCGGCAGCAGCAGCAGCAGCAGCAGCAGCGGAAGCAGCACUGGAGGCAGAGUGCGCAGCUACUCCACCGGUAGCUUGAACAGCGACAGCGAAAGCGUAGUUGACGGCAGAAGGGGCGACGCCAGCAGCAGCAGCAGCAGCAGCAGCAACAGCAACAACGGCAGCAGCAACGGCAGCAGCAGCAGCGACAGCAGCAGCAGCAGCAGCAGCCGACGUACGGACCCAUACCUGUGUCUGGGCAUCGCAGCUGUUAGAAGGGCCCUUUCUUACGCUCUCGUCGAUGGCUCUACUUUGCUGCCUCUGCGGCUUGGGCUGUUUGACUGGUCAAUAGAAAAAGAAAUAGCCAACAGCCUCACGGCGAAGACGCAGCACGUCAUGCAUGUCCUGACGCAAGUCAAGCAGCAGCAGCAGCAGCUGCUGCUGCAGCAGCAGCAGCAGCAAGAGCACAGCGACAGCAGCAGCAGCAGCUGCCGCUGGGCUCUUGGCAUUCAGUCGCCGCUGCGGCUGCCGCGCUCUGUGUCCGACCUGCAGCGGCAGCAGCAGCAGCAGCAGCUGCAGGGCUCUUUGUGUGUCUCUUUAGCUGCUGCUUUUCAAGUCCACAAGAUAUACAGCGUGGAGCCCCAGGCAGCCCGACAGGCGCUUGGCGUUCGUGUGGGGCGCAGUUUGCCUUCGCGAGAAAGCCUUUUGAAAAUGCUGCGGGAAACGGUGCCGAACUUUCCCGGUGGCUGCGAGUUCAGUUCGCUGCUGAUGGCUGACGCGUGGCUUGUUGCUGUUGCUGCAAAGCGACGUCUGGACACUGAAGAAGUGCUCGAGCAGCUGCGUUCCCUUCAGCAGCAGCAGCCGCGGCCUGGUAGCGAUGAGUCAGGAGUUCGUGCUGCUGCUGCUGCUGCUGCUGCUGCUGUUCCCCAGCAGCAACUGCAACAGCUACUGCAGCGGGUGUCGAAGGCACCCGUGCUGGCGAAGCUGCGGGAAGCAGCAGCAGCUGCUGCUGCAACAAAUCCCAAGGCUGCUCGGGAGAUGGAAGUGGUGCUGCAGAAGAAGCAGCAGCAGCUGCUGCAGCAGCGAGUGCAGCAGCUGCUCGACACCCAAGAGCAGCACAUGUGGGAUGUCUUCAGAGCCACGGAAGCACCAGCAGCAGCAUCAGCAGCAGCAGGACAGGCAGGUAGCAGCAAGUCCGCCUUAAGGGGCACUGUGUGGGAACAGUGA